AUGACCCAAACCUCUUCUGACCUCGCGCUCGCGUCCAAGACCUCCCGGAUUGUCAUCGUCGGAGGGGGCGGCACCAUGGGUUCCUCCACCGCCCUUCAUCUCGUACGAAGGGGCUUCACCGACAUCACCAUCAUGGACGUCUACCCUAUCCCUUCGGAUAACUCCGCAGGGAACGAUAUGAACAAGAUUGCUGGCGCCGACAACAUUGAUUCUUUCGGCGGUACCAGUGACUCUGCGUGGGAUACCUGGGUCAAAGAUCCCGUCUUUAGUCCUUACGCCCACUCGGUCGGCAAGCUUGACCUCACAGAGAAUGAGGGCCGGGCUUCAAGACUCAGAGCCAAGUACGAGAAAUUCGUCGCCCUGGGACGCAAAGACUUCGAAUGGCUCGAGAACGAGAACGACAUCAAAAAGUGGGCUCCUCAUCUCAAAGAUGCUGAUAUCAAAGCGAGUCUGUACUGCGCCACAGGCGGCUGGUUAGCCGCUCGCGAUGCCAUCGACUCUGUUGGCCGGGAGCUUCAAAAGGCUGGGGUUAAGACCGUCUUUGGUCCCUCGGGUAAUUUCAAUUCGCUUGUAUUUGACAAUGAUGGCAAGACUGUCAAAGGUGUCAAGGGCAAGGAUGGGUCGGUGACAGAGGCGGACCUUGUUGUGCUCGCAGCUGGGGCUUGGUCUCCAGCUCUCGUGGACCUUCAGGGGCAGUGUGUAUCCAAGUGCUGGGUUUAUGCCCACAUUCAGCUCACCCCCGAGGAAGCCGCAGCUCUAAAGGGAAUUCCCACUGUCUACAAUGACAAGUACGGCUUUUUCUUUGAGCCCCGGGUCGAAAACAACCUCCUGAAACUCUGCAACGAGUUUCCUGGAUACACCCACUAUGUUCAGCAUCAGCCGUUCGACGCCGACGAGCCCAAGAGGAUAUCGGUCCCCCGGUCCCACGCCGAUUUUCCCUCAGACACUAUGCCGACUGAAGCUCUGGAUGAGAUAAAGAGGCUCGUGCGAAUCGCUCUUCCCCACCUUGCUGAGCGAGAGUUGAUCAACCAGGCCAUGUGCUGGUGCACUGACACGGCAGAUGCCAAUUGGCUUUUGUGUGAGCAUCCAAAGUGGAAGGGACUGGUUCUCGCCACAGGCGAUAGCGGACAUACUUUCAAGAUGUUGCCGAUUGUGGGCGGUCAAGUUGCGGAUCUCAUUGAAGGCAAGCUUUCGGAAGAGAAGAGACAUAUCUGGAGAUGGAGACCCAAUGCAGGUGACCCUAACGGGACUGGUCGAGGAGGGCCGCCUCCAAAGGAUUUGGCUGAUCUUGAUGGCUGGAGACAUGACUAG